UUGAGCCAUUCCCGUUGUAAAUAAUGAUGGCGGACAUCGGCGUUUGGAACCUGCUAACAUGAAACCAAGCAGCAAUAUUCUGUAUGAUUUGAAGCGUUGUUCAGCGUAUUCACUGAGCCAUGGAGCUCUUCCAAGCCAGGGAUAAUUAUAUCAUCACAGAUGGCUACUACAGUCUUUGGUGUAAUAGAUCGGAUGGUGGAAUAGUACCUCGUCAAGGAGUUCCGCCAACCGAAGCCUUUGACCCAGUUUGCAAGGGAAAGGUGUACGGCGUCAUUGGAAAGAUUCAGUUGUUCCCCGGCACAGAAUGGAAGUUACUAGUGAUUACCAAGAGAACCCUGCUGGGGUUGUAUCCUGGCAACCAUGAGGUGUACAAGAUUGACAGGAUUGCUGUGUUACCCCUAUCAGAUGGAGAUGCUACUGACCUUGAACUUGAUCUGUGUGACAAACAUCAAAGUGGUGGAAAACCAAGAGGAGUUGGUGAUGGUCAACAAAAAGGAUUUGAAAGGACAUGGCAGUCCAUGAAAUCUGCUGUAACCAACAUCAAAGAAAAUGUCAAGAAUACGAAUAUGCAAAAAGACAUCAAGGACAAAGAAAAAGAAAAAUUGGAAAGACGUCUUUUAGAGGAAAUAUUCAAGAUGUUUAAUGAUUCCGAUUCCUUUAUCUACUCUCCCACUGGCGAUAUCACAAACACACAGCAAAAGCAAUGUGGUGAACAUUACGAUAAUACUCUUCCUUUAUGGAAAAGGGUAAGAUUGUUAAUACUACAUUUGAAAAAAAAGUCCUUACAUUGUGCUGUACAUGAAUUCCAUAAACCUACUAUACAUUUUGGAAAGCUAUGUACAUGUAACUAUACUGUAGUAAGAUUCACAAGUACGUUUACCUGUAUGUUAUGUAAUAUAUACAAUAUGAGCGGGCGAUCUG